AUGAACCGCGUUUGGAUGAUCAGGCGGCUGAUGGCCAUAGUGACUUUCCUGGCCACGCUGAUCAUACUCAGCCUUUACUUUACGAGCACGUCGAGGUUAUCGCGCCCGUCGGCUAGCUGGGUGUCCGGUCCCGCAGACGCCGUGCGAUUCCUGGCCGACGUCGUCCUGCCGUUUAGAAAGGCCGAGAUUCCGGCCACCGUGGACAUAGGCUCGUGUCCCCGACUGUAUCAGGCCGAAACUGCCGUAGACACCGUGUCGCAGUUUCCGCAGCUCGAUUUCCAGGUGAGAUUUUUGAGAGUUUUCCCGUUUCCGUGUCAAAUUUGUUUAGCGAUUUAAUUAAUCGUUAAUUUACCCACAUUUAACGGGGGAGGGAGGGUAAACGAAAUUCCAGGGCCCCCUGACAUAUACGCCUGGAUUAAAUACUGCCUCCGAAUUCAUUUAUUUUCCGACUGCGCGUAGCAUAUUUUAACUGGGGAUGAAACAUUACAGAAACUGUAAAAUAUUCUCGUCCGUGUACUGUACUAUUUAUUUAUAGCAUAUAAAUACGAGUAAAUCUGCUCGAUAUGUAUAACCUCUAUAAUGAGUUUUCGUUUUUGUUUUUGCAUUUUUCGAUAUCUUCAACAAAAUGCAUACUCGCGAUGUUUAGAGCGUGUAACCGCGUUAUUAUUUAGUUCGCUAUUAUUGGAAUAAAGCGAAACGUAGUUUUUGUUUUUGUCUUUCGAAAUGUGUACGGCAUAUUUUACGCAAUUUGUCUCGUAAAAAUUGUCAUGCAUACACAAUAAAUAUUAUAUUGUUAUGGUUGGUUUUUAUUUCGUAUUAUUUCCUUUAUGGAACUAGAUUAAAAACGAUUGGAAAUGAAUAAUCUUUCCGUGAAGUAUCACAAUGAUUAGUUUCGAGUAAACGUAAAUAUUCGAAAACUUCAUGACGGUUUGCGGUAAAAGAAUCUUCUUGUAUUUAACGACCCCGUUCAUUUUUUUUUUUGUCGGGUUUGGGAACUUCUGCAAAUUUUGAUACCCAUAACCGUUUAAAAAAAAAAUUGAAAGUAACGAUUUUGUAAAAUACAUUUUUAGAAAAUUUUCGGUGGUUGAAACUUUUAUAAGAAAAUUGUACACUGCGUAACUGAGAAUUGAACGCGAACGUAAUACGUUAAAUAAUACACGAGUCCGGCGGCCUAUCACGGCGCAGCGCGUUACUGAGUAUAAUAGUAAUAGUUUGUAUUUUCAUAAUAUUGUGGUUUUUAACGGUAUAUAUUUUUAUUUAGUUCGGCUGUUCGGUAUCUCAAACAUUAUGUUCUCGGCGAUAAUGCACUAUAGCCUAUACUCCUAUAUAGCCUAUACUCCUAUAUAGCCUAUAUAGCCUAUAUAGCCUAUAUAUAUAUAUAAUAGUAAUAAAAACAAUUGUUCAAUAAAUCAGCAAAACGUAAAUCUGUGACGUUUAAAACAUAUUUUAUACACCUGUAUAGGGGACCGGUUACGUCUCUUAUUGUAAAUAUUUAAAUUUACCGUAAUUGUAUAGUAUUAGUUAAUAUUAAUUACAACUAGAAACCGUAAUUACACGCACUAAAAGCGCUACGAAUACUACGCAAAUAUUGCAGAGUACAAAACUAACAUAAUUUUUACGAAAACUUUAAAGAUAUUUAUUUGUAUACGUUAAAAUAAAAUAAUAACGAUUAGUUUUUUUUUUUUAAACCGACAGGGUGAUUUUUUAAAGCAUACGAAUCCUGCGGUUAGAUUAUUAUGCACAGGUUUAAAUUCUGAUUUUCGAAAUUUUUUAGUGUAAGUGAAAGACGAUAUUUUCGCAUACUUGGAUUUUUCAUAACGUUCAAGGAGUAUAGUAUUCUGUGGCGAUACCCACUUUAGUUUUUCAAGCCAAAAACCUACAUAAUAUUGUUUUAAUGCAAAUUAUCAAUCAGCGAUGAUUUUUCCAAAAAAUUUAACGUGCUUUAAUCGAAAUUUAAACGAAAAGUAUCCGAGUUAUUCUACUUGAAAUACCAUUGUUAUUACCCAUUUUAUUGGGAUUACAUACCGACAGUUUCAUAGGGAGUCGUAUGUAGGCAAUUUCUCGUUUAGGUUCUUGCAGUUAUACGCGGUUAUAAUAACAUUAUGCAGUUAUAUCCUACAGUUUUAUGCGAUUAUAUCCUUUAGUAUUAAAGUAUUAAAAAUGGUUAGUAGUUCGGUAAAACAAUAAUAUUUGGCGCAAUUUCCAAAUUAUCCGACAUUUCCCUUAAAGAUUUCGAAUUUUUUUUUUUUCAACCGGGUGCACAAUGGUAUACUAAAAAAACGUCUACCUUGGAAAUACGUCUUAUAAUAUCGUUCGAUCAUUUUACCAUAGUACGUUUCUAAAAAUAAAUGAACGCUGACGUAUGCGUAUAAUAUUAUUUCCACGACAGUUUAUUAUUGAUCGCAUUACUAUAGCGCAUAUUUUUAUAACCGUUUUAAAUACGGAUUGUUCGGUUUUUAUUGUACUGUUGUUGUUAUUAUACGCGCGUGAUUUAUACGUGCGGUUUUUUCAAUAUUUCAUUAUGAAACGUUUUUAUGGGUCUCCGUAGAUUUGUUGCGCAGAUGUGUUUACCCGCCGCUAUAUUGUUUUAUAAUGUUGUUGAAUAAUAUACGUUAUCAUCGCAUUAACUCGUUUGAAUAAAUAUAUCGAGUCACCGUUAAAGCAGGGAAUUGCAGGUGUAUUCUAAAAGUAUUCGAAUAUGUGUGUAUUCCGAAUAUAUUAAUUAUCAUUAUUAGUUUAUCCGGAUACGCGUGUUCUGGAUAUUUCAAAAUCAAUGUAUUCUUUACAAAACUGCCCCCGGACGUAUUUAAAUUAUUAUUUAACUCCUUGUGCAGUUUAUCGACAUUUGCCAAGAAGAGUAUUUCGCAUUGAAAAUUAAAACGCAUACAAUUAAAUCCGGCGGUUACCAGAGAAGUUAAAAGUAUUAGCUGUAAAAUUAUGCAAACGAAAUUAUAAAAACAAAAAAGGAAGUUGAACCAAUAUAUGAGGAGUUUCGUGUAGGCAACUUAAAUACAAUUUUUGGCAAUUUAUUAUAUUGACUGUAAAUAUUGGAUAAAUUUCAAAAAUGUAUUAAAUUAAAUUUAGCAACUUGUACUCCGGUAUUUAUAUUACGAGUAUAUCGCGACUUGACAGGCUAGUUAAAAAGUUAAAAGUUACAUUAAUUUUAAGUUAAAAUUUAGCGUUUAACCUUUUAUUGUGUAUUAAUUUACUUAAUUCAUUUGUAUACAUUAACUUUAAAUUAACUAUGCAUGUGUAAAUAGUUGAUUUUUUUUUUUAUUUAAAACUUUUUUAAUUAUUCAUUAACUUGCUCAGCGUUGAUUAGUUAUUUUCUAAUAACUUAUGUUAUUUCAAAUAUUUUACAAUACUAUACAGACUGUCCCACGAAGAUGUGUACCUCUUGAAUAUCUCUGGAGAUAAUAAUGAUAAUCAAAUUUUGUUUUUUUUUUUUUUUAUAUUACUCACAGGGAUGAGGACUACAAUUAUUUAUGUUUGAGUUCAAUUUUUUUUUUUAUUUAAGGAAUAACCUAACUGCGUUCGCGAUAACAUCGUUUUUCACACGGAUUAGAAGAAUUUCAAACGGCUGUUACAUUAGAAACUAUUCAUCGGAUAUAAAUGUGUGAUACGCUAAAAUUUGUAGAAAAAUAAAUUCUACAGAACGACUAUCUUAACAUUUUCCGAAAAUAAUCAAUUUAAUUCAAAUAUUAAUGUUUGUAGUCCUCAUCACUGUGAGUAAUAUCAAAAAAAAAAAAAAAAAAAAAUAACAUAAUUUGAUUAUCUUUAUUAUCUCCGGUGAUAUUCAAGGGGUAUAUCUUCGCGGGACACCCUGUAUAAUAUAAUAUUGUUAUCCGUAUAAACAAGAUGCACGCUUUUUUCUUUCAGCCGGACUGGAUACUAGACAAUAUAUAUUGGACGCCUAAAUUCGACACGCGCUACCAAACAUACAGGAAUGAAGUUAUUAACAAACAGCGCCUUCCGGUCAAAGUGAGUUUAUUCAGAUAACGUUGGAAUCGCAUAACACGAACCGAAACGGUUUUUUCCCGCGAAAAUUGGCGCGUUUCAAUAAACUGUCACGUCGCAUUUCCCGAGUGUGCGCGUGUACCCGCAGUAAACCAUAGUAGCUCAUGGCACUUAAUUUUUUAUAAUUGACGUAAUUUAUCGCGUUAUUAUUAUUAUUAAUGCUAUUCAAUUGUGUGCCAUUUUAAAUAGCGUUACACGCGUUAUAAUUUAUUGUUGAUACGUUGUUCCGUGCGUCAUGCGGGGCACACAUUACUCUCCGGUAAUCACUAUGCAGUUAACGAAAUGUCCGGUGAACACAGUGGCGUAUCGGUAAAUAAAUGCGCGGGCACGCGCACUGAGGCGUAACCAUGGGUUUUUCUCAAUUAUUUUGAAAACCCCGUUGGAAAUUCAACGAACAAUCUUUUAAUUAUACUACCCCAACUGAAUACUGCGGUUUUCUUUUAGAAAAUGCGCAACGCUCGAUGCAACGGAGCAAGAUGUCUGGUGUUACAGUCGUUUACAGACACAGGAAAACAAUUUUAAUACGUGUCACAUACAAAACCAAUAGGUCCCCACACCGCGCUCCAAAUCUAAAAGGAAAACACCUAUGUCGUCCGCGCGACGAUCCGGUAUCUACACUGUAAUGCGGCGGCCGGUGGGUUCGCGGUCUCUUUUGUAAGACCUCGUUGCACAAUUUGGGAACCGCUGCUAUACACUGUCUAUUAAUUGAACCGCAAGACUAUUUGAUGUCGGGGAGCAAUAUAAGCUAUAUAGCAACGGGUUGUUUUAUAUGCAGCGUCGAGACCAUGCACAAUUUGUUGACACGCAUCGGGCUAUGCCCUGCAAUACGCCGCUGGGAAAAUGUAUAGAUACCGGACGUCUGACGAUAACAGUGGCCCUACAAUGAUUUAAGUACGAAUUUUCGGAGUACAAAGAUUCGUAAGAUUGAAGUUUUUACUUCGCCCAUUGUUACUUACUCUUACUCCGUAACAAAAUUAUGCUUAUCACUGUGCAUUAUAUUUCUACUUAUGGUAUUUUCAUUGUUUGAUUUUUCAUCGAAUUUCGAAUGGGUGACUCGAAAAUCAAUGUUUUCACACAAACUUUGAAAUUUACCAUUUCGAGUUAACAGAUAUACUUAUGUAAGAUUAUUUUGAAUGUUUAUUUUAUGUUUAGAUUUUUGUCGUGCCCCAUUCGCACAACGAUCCGGGUUGGUUGAAAACGUUCGAGGAUUACUAUGAGUCGCAAACUAGUCACAUACUGAACUAUAUGGUGGACAAAAUGAUGAAGUAUAAAGACAUGACGUUCAUCUGGUCGGAAAUAUCGUUUUUCUCAUUGUGGUGGAAAAGGUAAUGCAAAUUGUACCCCUUUCAAUAGUUAUACAAAGCGUUCUACAGUGUUAAAUGUACGUUUAUAACGUUGAUCAUAAUUUUUUUUUUCAAUCGGGUUUCGGGUCAGCGGGACACAUAUGUAGAAACAAUUUUUUUUAUCAUCCCUUAAUCACUGAAAAAAGAUAACUAUUUGUUUACUUUUAAAAAUUUUCAAAAUCGUCAUUUUGGGGAAAAAAAUUCAAAACAUUUUAAUGUUACAUUAUAACAUUAUAAUGUACAUUAAUUCGUACCCGAUCAAUAGUUUCUGAGUAAUAGCCGUUUUAAUGUUUAGAAAAUUGACGUGAAAACAUUUUUUUUUCACAGGAAUAACACGUUACGCGAUAAGGAAUCACAAUCUGAACGGUUUAUCCUUAUCUUUUAUUAAUUGUUUUCACGCCAAUGUUCAUAUAACACUGUAAGGCACUGUGCAUUAUAAAGACAUUCACCGUAUUAAAUUUGUUCGGUUGUUCAAAAUCAACAUAACUGGGUGUGUAUGGUAAUUAUUAGUGUUGACAUAUUGAAUUUCGUUGAAAUUGAACGCGCCGUGUCAUAAAGCGAUAAAAAUAUUAUAUUUUCAAUUUUAAAACAUCAAAUAUAUAGGGGCGUAGUAACGGGACAUGUUCGUUUUAUUAAAACCCUAUUUUGGACGUAUAAAAAUGAUUUGGUAAGUUUUCGGGUUCGAUAAGGUAAGGUUUUGGUAAGGGUUUGGUAAGGGUUCGAUACCCGGAAAAACAAAAUGUAACAAGUUGAAAUGUAGCAUGCGUAGUUUUGUGUUGAAAAAAAAAAAAACAAAAAUCGCAUCGAAAAUCAUCUGUUAUUUAAAAACGUAAUUUUAAAUUAUAUUUUUAAUAGAAUAAAAAAAAAAAAAAAUGCAAAAAAUUUGUGAUUCCGGCCAGGAUCGAACUGGCGACCUUCUGCGUGUAAAGCAGAUGUGAUAACCACUACACCACGGAACCCGCUUGUUGAAUUGAAGUAAUAAAAAUGUAACUUAAACGGUCCGGCCGACACAUUUUUCAACUCAAAAUAAGCCUUGUAAAAUCGUUUGAUUUUAUUUUUUUGUCGAAUGCACAUAUGACCGAAAAACGGCCGUGGGUAAAACGGGAGUCGGGCAGUAUAUAGAUUAAUGGAAAAGUCUUGCCAUGGCCGUUUUCAAAAUUAACGUACAUAUUUAUAAUUAAAUAAGUGAGAUAGAUAUCGUUGUCCGCGUAAAUUUCACAAAAUUCAAGACAAUUUCGAAAAUCGACACCGCAUUCUUUAAGUCACCGGUUGUUUUAAUUGUGAUAUGAUUUAUGUUUUUAAUUUCAUCGUUUUGUUCUCGGUGGUGAUAAUAUAAUAUUAUUAAAUUACCGUAGGUAAUUUAAUUGAUGCAUAUAACAAAUAACAAUUAUAUUUUUAUAUAUAUAUAUAUAUAUAUAUAUAUACUAUAAUGGGGUGACCAAAUUAAAAAAAAAAAAAAAAAAAAAAACAAAACAUAUUUUCGGUAAUACAUACAAAGUAAUAUUCAUUAAUUGAAUUAAGUAAAUAAAUAUAUAGAUAAAAAUUACACACUUAUUUCCUUUGUUUAUUUACGAGUGUUAACCAUUUAAUAAUUUUGUUUUACUUUAUUAUUUUAUUAUUUAUUAAUUAUUAGUUUUUGUUUUUGUUAAUUUUUCAUAAUUAUGCCUUUAUUAUUAACUACUUUAAAAUAUAUCAUAAUUAUCACCGGUAUCGAUUUACGUGGUUAUUAUUUGUCGUGAAUACAAUCGCAAUCAUUGCCAUAAUCUAUAACGAAUAUUUUUGUAAACAAAUUCAUUUUAUUCAAAAAUAAAAUAACAUUUUAUGUAUGCUAAAACUGUAAAAUAUUUACAGUUAGUUAAAUAAAAUGAGAAUACGGAAUAACUGGCAUCGACAUGAAAAAAAAAAAAAAAAAAAGGGACAAAAUGCAUCAUGAAAAAAGUUCAUCAGAACAACAAGGCACAAAGUUGACAAUCCUGCAUGUAAACAGGACGUAUUGUCAUCCUAAUAAUAUAACAGUUAUAAUGUAUUGCGCCCGUAGUGAUUUUUCAAUCGCUCAUUACAUCGGAAACUAUAAACUUUUACCGAAAUUUGUUUCGGACCAUUUAAUAAAUACGCAGGUUUAAAAUGUUAUAUUACCUUUAUUUUAUGCUGCCUUCAUUUUUGGACACGAAAUGACUUUUGAUUUUUGGACAGCAAACUAUUUACUAAAGAUUUGAUAACCGGACGUAGGUUCAAUUUAAACACAUUGUGGUUUUGAAAUUUGUAAUAUCUGUCGACUCGGAUAUUUCUCUUUUAAUUUUGGAUAGUGGAAGAGUGGUGGAGCGCUAUUCAAACGGACGAGCCGCCUCCAUUCGCUCGAAAACUACCCGUCUCCUCUUUUCGCUUACGUUUUUUUUUUGGUGGACUUUGCGCCUCAAUUACAUUAAAAUACUUGUUUAUGCUCAGUGACAUUUACAAAUCAAUAGAUUGGGAUAAAACUUAAAUUUGUCGUCCCGCUUUUUUCAGACUUCGAACCGACAGAAUAAAAUGUAAUUAUUCUGGUAUGAUUAAAAAUAUUGGACUGCAUUGGUCUGUUGCAUCGUUAUUCUGGUUAUGUUAAAUAUCUGAUUUUACGUCAAUGCUGUCUUACCGGUUUAAUUUUAAUUUUAACUAUUAUUUUAAUAUUGUAAUUAUUCUUUUUUCAUACUUCUUUUAUAACUUUAACUUCGCUGCUAUAGUCAUGUCUAUAAAGUCAAUUCAGUGAUGUAGACGAAUCUCUUAAUUUUUAAACGUCCUGGUUUUUUUUUUUUUUUCUACCAUUGCUUAAUGUUUCGUUCAUUUUAUUGUCGUUCUAGAAAGAUUAUUUUAAAAACUGAGUUGAGCGAAGAAGCUUAUGGCUUUACAAUAUUGUGUGCGCAACUUUUUUACCAGAAAUAUUACUCCGAUUUUUAAAUGUAGCACUUUUUCUGAAAGGAAAUCGGACUGGAGAGAUAAUUUAAAGAGGUCAUUUUUUGAUCUUAUCAGGAGUUUUCUCAAUAUAUUGGAAAACCAACAAAAACUGGGGAAAAAUGAGAGAACGGGAAAAUAGGUACAAUAUUAAACAAAUAUUAUACAAGAAAAUAUUUAAUGCAUAUGUCAUUAUUUUACCAUAAUAUGACAUACAUAUUGUUGACAGAGCAUGACUCCUCUUAACUCCGCUCAGAAUCGUUGUUUAGUUAGUAAUGUUUUAUCGUUUGUUUAUAGGUAAAUAUUAAAUUCCCGUCUGUAUCCUACGUUCCUAACUUCCAACCUACAACAGUGACUGCACCCACGUGUGAAUUAUGUUCAUCUUUUUAAAUACACAUCCAUUUGAAAUUUUAUUAAAACUUCCACAAAUUGCGUAGUUGACGAGCGUUAAAAAAAUACUAAUUACAAUUUGUAAGAAAUGAUUCACGUGCGUUUUUUUAUCCAAAUAAUCAUAAUUUUAGAUUAUAAGUGUAGCGACGAAUGUAUUGGUUUUACUAAGAGUUUUACUAAGAUGUUAAAUUAUUUUUUUUUUUAUCCUGUGUACAAAAUGUCGACCAUAAAUCUUGCUCAAAUAUAUAUAUAUGUGGCGCCAUUUCUGAAAGGGAAUGAUGUUCAGAUGGUAUUUUUGGAAGGACAUAUUUUAAUUUUCCAAGCGGUUAUCUUAAUAUAUGGGAAAAACCAAGAUAAAACGAAAGAAAAACGGGAAAUUUACGAAAAUAAUGGUUUUAUUAUUUUUCUAUUUUGUUAUUUAUUGUAAUUCAGUUAAAAACAUUCGAAAAAACUUGAAAUUUGGACAGAAAUAUAUAUACAUAUAUAUAUUCAUUUUCUAGAGAUGGUAGCAUUUCCAAAACAUUUAAGCCAUUUUUGAGCUAUUUAUUCAUAUUUUAAUUUUGCGAGUUUUUUUACGUAAUUUUUAUUCGGUAGGUACAUUGUGGUAAAACGUUAGACAAAACAAAAAUGCUUGAAAAUUUAACAGGAGUUUCAUUAAAUCUUACUUUGGGGUAAAAAAAAGAAAAAGAAAAAAAAGACGUCCUAGGAUAAUGAAGACGGGUGCAGCUACUGUUAUAGGUAAUUUAAUGUAUAUCUGUAAGCAACGAUAAAUCAUUGCUAACAAAAUUCGAUUCUGAACGCACUUCAAUUGAUAGUGAUGCUUUGUCAACAAUAUAUAUGUCAUAUUAUGAUAAAAUAAUUAAGCAGGCAUUAUAUAUUUUCUAUAAUAAUAUUUUUUUUAUAUCGUAUCGAUUUUUCCGUUUUGCUGCGUUUUUCUCGGAUUAUCACAUUGUUAAGAAAACUCUUGAAAAAAUCGAAAAAUUACCUCCCUAAAGUACCUUCCCAGUCCGGUUUACUUUCAGAAAAAGUACUAUUAUUGUAAAUCGGAGCGAAAUUGCACGAAAUGUACGAAAUGUAGGUAUUAGUAAAAAAAAUAUUAUGGUCUUUAUUUUUCUGUGUACAACUUUUCUACCAGUAAUUUCGUUCCGAUUUACAAUGAUAGCACAUUCUGUGAAUCGUUUUUUCGAAUGGUUUAUCGUUGCUUACAGAUAUACAUUAAAUUACCUAUAACAGUGGCUGGACCCGUCUCCAUUAUCCUAGGACGUUUUUUUUUAUUUUGACUUUUGAGUUGAAUAAAUUGCCUAUUCAUAUUAUUUUUUUACAGUGCUCAUCCUGAUAAAAAGAAAGUGGUCCAUCAGUUGUUGGCUGAAGGGCGUUUGGAGAUAACUACCGGUGGAUGGGUAAUGACGGACGAGGCUGCUUCAUAUGUUUACAGCAUGUUAGAUCAGUUGAUCGAAGGUAAAAACGCUACCUAAUUUCAAUAACUCGUAUUUUGAUUCAAGUAUAUAAUAUUUGUUUAAUAUUUUUAAGGUUACUUCUCGAGAAAUAUUAAUUUAGGCGAGUAGCAUAUAAAUUCGUUUCGCGUAUGAUGUUUUAAUUGAAUACCAAAACAAAUAUUAAAAAAAAAAAACCUACACAAUGUCAAACUAUUUUUCAUUUUAUUUUGGUUGUAUACAGGACACCAGUGGAUUAAAAACAAUUUGGGAAUCGAUGUCAAGACUGGAUGGUCGGUGGAUCCUUUUGGACAUGGCCCUACUGUCCCUUAUUUAUUGAAAAAUUCCAAAAUCACCGACGGAACGAUCAUCCAGCGUAUACAUUAUUCGUGGAAGGAAUGGUUCGCGUGGAACCAAAAUGGUGAUUUUUUCUGGAGACAAAACUGGGACAGAAACGGUCACACCGACAUUUUAGUGCACCAGUUACCGUUUGAAAUAUACACGAUCAAAGAUUCUUGUGGUCCUAAUCCAAAAGUAUUUACCCAUAACGAUUGACAAUGGAAUACGAAUUAUUAUUUUUAUGUAUGAGUAAUUUAAAUUUGUAUUAUCUUUAUUAUUGUUCAUAGGUAUGUGUAAAAUACGACUUUAAAAAAAUAAAGGGUGAAAAAACCGAUGACUCUCGGAUUACGGAAUUUAUCAAUGACACAAACGUAAAAGAAAAAGCUGAUCAGCUAAUGGAACAGUACUUUCGAACCGCAUCGGUAUCAAUACACAACGUGGGAAUGGUAGCGCUAGGAGAUGAUUUCCGUUAUGAUCACGAAGUCGAAUGGGAUCAACAGUACACCAACUAUGAGAAGUUGUUCAAAUAUAUAAAUGCCAACAAAGAAAGAUAUCACGGGGCCGAAGUGAGUUUCGGUACGCCCUCGGAGUUCUUCAAAGAACUCAGGCGUAGAAGCGAUAACAAAUUUCCGACGUUGCGUGGCGAUUUUUUUGUUUACAGUGAAGUGUCAUGGAAACGACCGGUUUACUGGAGCGGAUACUUUACCAGUCGGCCGUAUUGGAAAGUGCUGGACAGAGAACUCGAGGCUAAUCUCAGAUCUGCGGAAAUCCUGUACACGUUUGCCGUGAACAAUGCACAAAAGAAUACCAAUUCGAUAAAAUUGCUAAACAGACAGUAUGAACAUUUGGUGAAAGCCAGACAAAAUUUGGCGUUGUUUCAACAUCAUGACGCCAUAACGGGUACGUCGAAAGCGUUCGUGAUGAACGACUAUGGCUUAAAAUUGUUCGAAGGCAUCCAAAGUUGCAUGAUGAUUCAAAGUCAUGCAAUUCAUUAUCUGCUACUCAUGAACCAAGAUUCAAAUCUCAAGACUUCAGAAAUUGUCGUCCCCGACAACAAUCGACGAACAUUCGAUCAAUUAACAAACAAACUGACAUUGGAAAUUCACAAAAAUCAAUCUCGCAAAAUCGUUGUGUUCAAUCCUCAUGGCCGUAAAAAAACCGAACCCAUUAAAGUAUUGGUAUCACAACCGAAUGUACAAGUAGUCGAUAUCGACGGGCUGAUUGUCAAACACCAGAUAAAUCCAGUCUGGAGUAAUAUUAAUAAAACGAACGCGGAACCUUUAGUCAUGUCGGAAACGACGUUUGAAUUGUUUUUCAUCGCCGUACUAGAACCUCUGAGUUUGACCACAUUCACUAUACACAUAUCGUCGAAACAAGAAAUAGGCUUAGCGUUGGUGUAUUGUACAAAUUGCGAGGGAAAUUCCAUUUUCUACAGUAAAAACAUGGAAUCCGGUGACAUUCAUAUAGAAAACGAUCACCUAAAAGUGAUGUUCGACGGUACAACGGGUUUAAUGAGCUCAGUUGUAGACAAGAGCACGGGUAAACCAAAAAGCAUAAACAUCGACUUUUUGGCUUAUCGAUCGGUGCCGUCCAAUAGCGGAGCUUAUCUGUUCAAACCGAAUCCGGAAGAAGCUGAGAAUAAUAUACUAAAACAUAGCCCAUCUGCUAUCAUCAUUAUAACCGGUCCGAUUUCGUCGGAAAUUACAGUGUUUUAUAAUUUACUCACCCACACAGUGAGACUUUAUCAUCAGGGCUCGGGCAUCGAAAGCAGAGGUCUGUAUGUAGAGAACGUUGUAAACUACGGGCCACCGCCAAACUAUAUGGAGACAGAACUCAUCAUGCGAUUGUCGUCGGACGUUAGAAACGGAAACCCAGCGGUAAUUUAUACGGACUCGAAUGGGUUUCAAAUGCAAAAACGCGUUACCACUAGACAGAUCGGCAUCGAGGGAAAUUAUUUCCCGGUCACUUCCAUGACGUACAUUGAAGACGACAAAUAUAGGCUAACCGUAUUGGUGAAUCACGCUCAAGGGGUAGCGGGAUGGGAGCCCGGCAGAAUCGAAUUUAUGUUGGAUAGACGGACGAAGUACGACGACGGGAAAGGUAUGAAAGAGGGUGUAGAAGACAAUAAGAUGACGUUGACCAAGUACUGGAUACUGUUGGAGACGGUAUCUGACGACAACGGAUUCUACAAGGAUCACGUGUCCAACCCGAGCCUGGUAGCUAAUCUGCUGUCCGAAGCACUACUGUACCCAGCAAACGUGUUCUUUGUGGAACCCCUUCUGGAACACGCUAUCAAGCCUAAAUUGACGAUGAUAAACAAAGCGAUGCCUUGUGACUGUCACCUGAUGAAUUUAAGAUCAUUAACCGAACCAGAAACCAACCAGUUCCCGUCACAGUCUGCAUUUAUGGUGCUCCACCGGAAGGGUUAUGACUGCCGGGUGAACGUAGGCUACACGAUAGAGGAUUGUCACCUUAGACGGGACAAUAGGGUGUUCAGUCAGGGAACCGGAUUAUCCGGAUUGGACAACGUACUGAUCACUAAAACCACAUUGACCGGUACACACAAACUUAACACCAUCGACAGUUUCGAUUUGAUACAAAUGACUCCGAUGGAUUUGUCCGUAUUUAACGUAACGUUCAUUUCCUAA